CUUAUUUAUUAUGCGAUUAAAAUAUCAGUCAACUGCUUUUAUUUUGAAAAGAGCGACCAGGAGUUCCGUCCUGGGACGAUCAGCUGAUGUCAGUGUAAACAGAAAACAGAGGCGUUUGAAGUGAGAGAGAGGUUGAGCUGUAUUUCGCCAUCAGUCAUCUUAGCGUCGGAUGAAGACGGUCGGUGUGGAGUGUGUGUGUGAGUGACCGUGUGAUGUGUGGGACGAUAUGCGCCGAGCUGUUUGGGCUGCAUGAGAGCUGCAGGAAACGGGUGAGAGUGGCUUAAAACAUCACAUGCAGCCUCACAGAGGGCCUGUGUGAGAGCAGCUGUGUCCGACCACCCAGGAUUUGACUUCACAGCACUGGAUUAGUUGAAGCAGGGUCCAUGGAGGAGCUGGAGCCAGAGGAGCAUUUCCUGCAAUACGCCAGGAACGGAGAUCUGCCUGGGAUACAGAGGCUCCUCAUGUCCAAGAUAAGGGAAGAGACUCAGAUCAACAUAAACUGCAAAGGUAAGAAGAAGUCUAACCUGGGAUGGACGCCUCUUCACUUGGCCUGUUACUUUGGACACAAAGAUGUAGUGGAGGAAUUACUUAAGGCAGGGGCAGAUGUUAACUUGCCCAAUAAUAUCGGAGACACACCUCUGCACAAAGCUGCCUUCACAGGAAGAAAGGAGGUUGUCAUGCUGCUGCUGCACUAUGAUGCAUGUGCUACUGUCAUCAAUGGGACAGCACAGAUUCCCAAAGAUGUCACUCAGAAUGCAGAGAUCAGAAGCAUGCUCGAAGCGGCCGAGAGAACAGAGGAGAGGAAACUAGAGGAGGAACUUUUGGAAGCUGCACGAGAAGGAGACCUUUCAACUCUAACUGAGCUGCUCAGCAGGAAAAAGCCUCCAGACAUCAACUGCACAGAUCUGUUGGGUAACACUCCGCUGCACUCUGCAGCCUAUAGAGGCCAGAAGCAAUGUGCCCUGAAGCUGCUAAAAAGUGGAGCAAGCCCCAACAUCAAGAACAAGAAUGGCCAGACAGUGUUUGACCUGGCUAGUGAUUCGGCAAUGAAGCAGAUCAUUGUUCAUCGAGGUAUGAUGCAACAUGUCAAGAAGUACGAAGGACUCCUCUGGAAGAGCUCCAGAUUUUUUGGUUGGCGCUCCUACUGGGUCAUCCUUCAAGAUGGGGUUUUAUCCUGGUACUCAAAACAGUCAGACGGAGCUGCCAGUAUCAGGAGGCAAGGCUGCAAGUCCCUCACACAUGCUCAGUGUUUGAUCCGGGCCAAGGAUAGCUGCUUUUUCACCCUUAAGUGCUUCGAUGACAGCGUGCAUCAUUUCAAAGUAUCACCAAAAAAUGACCCAGAGGCAACAAGAAAAGCAUGGCUGGAUGCAUUGGAGGAGCACUCUGCUUACAGCACACACUACUGCUCCCAAGAUCAGGGCAGUGAGGAGGAGGAGGAGGAGGAAGUGAUGUCACUUGGGGAGCUAACAGCAUCACUACAGGCAGCAGAGGCCAGCCAAAAGAAACUGGAAGAGGAAGUGGCAGCUUUCCUGUCCAUGCUGAAAAAUGAUGGGCUGGCAGAAAGAUUUCCAUCCGCCAUACUGCAGAAAAUGCAAGAAAUCUGUAAGUUGUCCAGCGAGACCAGUUCCAGUCUUGGUGUCUGUCUCAGCUUCUUCUCCAGACAGGAGGGGGUGCGCAGUCUGAAAUUGGAGCAGGAGCUAGAGAAGAAUAAGAUCCUCUCUGAAGCGCUGCAGACUCUCGCCACAGAGCACCACGAACUUGAGCAAUCCGUCGUCAAGGGAUCUUCACCGCGGAGUGCCCUUAGUGAGGAUGAGUUCCACGACGCCGUGUCUGAAUCAGACUCUGAGCGCUCCCUGAGCGGCUUUGAAACGGUGGCCAGCCAUUCCUUUGAGGAGGACGAGGAGGACGAAGGCUCUGUCAUGUUAAGCAGCCCUUGCAGCAGCCCCACCAGCAUGUUGCAGGAGGAUCACCAUGGCGACAAGGAUGAGGCUCAACCCAACGGGAUCACGAAGCACAGUACCAGCUUACCUGCACCAAUGUUUUCAAGAAAUGACUUCAGUAUAUGGAGUAUCCUGAGGAACUGCAUUGGAAUGGAACUCUCCAAGAUUACAAUGCCAGUGAUUUUUAACGAGCCGCUCAGCUUCUUGCAGCGUCUGACAGAGUACAUGGAGCACACUUACCUCAUCCACCAGGCUAACACCUCCUCAGACUCUAUUGAGAGGAUGAAGUGUGUGGCUGCGUUUGCGGUGUCCGCUGUGGCCUCCCAGUGGGAGCGGACAGGUAAACCCUUCAACCCUCUGCUGGGAGAAACCUAUGAACUGGUUAGAGAGGAUUUGGACUUCAGGCUCAUAUCAGAGCAGGUGAGCCACCACCCCCCAGUCAGCGCCUUCCACGCUGAAGGCCUGAAGGAAGACUUUGUGUUUCAUGGAUCCAUCUACCCUAAACUCAAGUUCUGGGGCAAGAGUGUGGAAGCGGAGCCCAAAGGCAUCAUCACUCUGGAGCUGCCCAAGUACAAUGAAGCCUACACAUGGACAAAUCCUACAUGUUGUGUUCACAACAUCAUUGUGGGCCAGCUGUGGAUUGAGCAGUAUGGAAAUAUGGAGGUGAUCAACCACAGAACUGGUGAAAGGUGCUGUCUGAACUUCAAACCAUGUGGUCUCUUUGGCAAAGAACUGCACAAGGUUGAAGGGUAUAUUCUGGAUAAAAGCAAAAAGAAGCUGUGUGCGCUCUAUGGAAAAUGGACAGAGUGCCUGUAUGUUGUUGACCCUGCUGCAUUUGAAGUGCAUAAGAAAAAUGACAAGAAAGGGGCAGGCGAGAAAAAAGGCAGCAAAGAGGGCUGCAGUGAGGGUCAGGAGGAGGUUCCCUCUCCAGCUGCAGACACUGUGGAGAUGAUUCCUGGCAGCCAGCUGCUGUGGAGAAUCGCACCCAGACCAGCCAACUCUGUCCAGAUGUACAGCUUCACGUCGUUUGCAAUGCAACUAAACGAGCUGCGUAAGGAGAUGGAGGGAGCCAUUCCUCAGACAGACUGCAGGCUGAGGCCAGACAUACGAGCCAUGGAGAACGGUGACAUCGACCUCGCCAGUGAGGAGAAGAAAAGGCUUGAGGAAAAACAGAGAGCUGCUCGCAAAAACCACUCCAAAUCUGAUGAAGAGUGGAAGACGAGGAGUCCUGCCCUGGGUCCAAGGUGGUUUCAGCAGGGGCAAAACCCCCACACCAACUCCCAGGACUGGCUCUUUUCUGGUGGAUACUGGGACAGGAAAUACAGCCAGCUGCCAGACAUUUAUUAAUGGACAUUUCCUGCACAGAGAAAUUUGCACCUUACAGUUACAAGUUUGUUUUUUUAAUGGAAUAGCUACAGGAACUACAAGCAAUAUGCAAACAGUGUACUUACACUGUGUGGCCUUAAUCAACUUUCUGAUGGGAAAACUGUGGGAAAAAAUGUCCAUAAUCAAUAUUGAAAACUUAUGAAAUGUAAAGAUGACAACACGAAUUGAACUCUCAGUGACCUCAUAAUGCUGUUCACAUUUCCUCUGGAAUCCAAAAUCACAAAACCACUUGCAGUCAGAUGAGGUUGAUGUCAUUUCUCCUGAUGUAUUUUACCUUGUAAAAAAAUGAGACCUACAAAAACAUACAGUAUAUUUUCUACAUCAAUAUAACACUUAUAAGAAUUGUCUGGUACUAGUUUUGUUUUGAUUGUUUUAUUAACUGAAUGAUGUGUCUGUUGUGCCCAAUACUUCAUAAGGCACAGCUCUGUAAAUUUAUUAAUAUUUUUGCUGAAAAUCUUAAAUGUGUGUAUCAUACAGCCUGUCAGACAGACUAAAUAAAGUUGAUUGGGUCAUCUUAUGUUGACACUAUUGAAUUUUAAGGCGUUUUGCCUCAGCAUUUAAAGUAUUUUAUUGAAAACUGAAAUAAAACCUUUCAAUGUAUUCAUGUAUGUUUUUACCAUUUAUGUGAAGUAAGCUUGGGAUUUUCAGAGAAAUCUGAAAAUAAAGUGUAAUCUGAUCUAAUUGUUUCUGUAGCAAAGUAUUAUUAUAAUUUUUUUUUUUUUUUUUUUUUUACAGUUUCCUAACUUCCAACCUGAAGACUAGAUGGUUAGGAUGAUCCAGUGGACCCCUUAUUCCCCAAUUUAGAAGAUGUGGAGUUAGCAGAGCUCUCAGGGAAAAACAUUGUGAAAAGAUCCUGAUGCAACAAGUAACUAAAGUUGUUUUCACAAAAUCAA